AACCACUACACAUUUGUACAUAAAUAUAUACUAAAUUAUAAAUUAUAAGCAGAGAAAUGCAUGUAUAAUAUAUUCAGGUCAAGAAUAGAAAAGAAACAUGAAUAGAAAUUGACAGCUGUGUAAUACCUAAAUAUUUAGAACACAUUUUAUUAAUCUAUUUAAAAUAUAAUAAAAUCUAAUCCUAUAAAGUAAAAUAUUAUUACUAGUAUAUUAAAAAAUAGGCAAAAUUGGAAAAUAAAUAAUAUAUAUAAUAUGUAUAUAUAUAUCUAGAGAGAGAGAGAGAGGGGUAGAGAGAGAAAACGAGUUACUGACACAAAUAACGGAGUUAGAGGAAGGCAGGCGGUGAUUUUGAAUACAUGCAAAUACAGCUCUAUAAAAGGAUUGGCGGAUUUCAAUAUCGGGACUAAAGCGUUGGCGGUUUCACUUGGAUGUGAUUGUUUGAAGAUAUGUUGGAACAUCAAUCUCCUAUGGUUUCAAGAGACAAUUGGAAUUCAAAAGAGCAUCUAAAUGCAGAUGACAAUAAAAAAGGAAAGAGACCGAUCGAAGAAUCAAACGAAGAGGAAGAGAAUGACGGCGCCAAAAAGAUGGCAAAGCAAUCAAACGAAGAUUAUUAUUACAAUUUGGAUUUACUAAUUCCCGCCAUAGGCCGCGACAACUCAAUCAGCAGUCUUAUCCGAUGCUCCAGGGCGGAUUACGGCCGAGUCGCAUGUCUGAACAGUAGUUUUCACUCGCUUAUCAAAAGCGGCGAUAUUUACAAAUUGCGCCGCCAAAAUGGGUUCGUCGAGCAUUGGAUAUACUUUUCUUGCCACCUAUUCGAAUGGGAAGCCUUCGACCCGGAUCGCCGCCGUUGGAUGCGCUUACCGACGAUGGAUCCUAAUGAUUGCUUCAUUUUCGCAGAUAAAGAGUCGCUAGCCGUCGGGACAGAGCUUCUAGUUUUCGGAAGAGGUCUGAUUUCACACAUGAUUUACCGAUACAGUUUGCUGACAAAUGUUUGGACAACAGGAAUGGUAAUGAAUCAUCCGAGGUGUUUGUUUGGAUCCGCGAGCCUUGGCGAGAUCGCGAUAUUAGCAGGCGGGUGCGACGCCUAUGGCAAUGUCCUAACCUCCGCGGAAAUGUAUAAUUCCGAGACGGGUUCAUGGACGAUGCUCCCAAACAUGAAUAAGCCGAGGAAAAUGUGCUCCGGGAUUUUCAUGGAUGGGAAAUUUUAUGUUAUCGGGGGAAUUGGAGGGUCUGAUUCAAAAGAACUACUAACUUGCGGAGAAGAGUAUGAUUUGACCACUGGGAUUUGGACAGUGAUUCCAAACAUGUCUCCUGUUUUUAUUCGCGCCACGAGGGAAAAUGAGGCGCCGCCGCCAACAUCGGAGGCGCCGCCGUUACUUGCGGUCGUGGGUAAUGAAUUGUAUGCUGCGGAUUAUGCUGACAUGGUUGUAAGAAAGUAUGUUAAGACCAGUCGGGAUUGGAUAACUGUCGGAGGAUUACCGGAGCGAGCCGAUUCUAUGCUGGGAUGGGGUUUAGCUUUUCGGGGAUGUGGGGACCGUCUUGUCGUGAUCGGUGGGCCCCGCAGUGCGGGCGUGGGAUUUAUCGAAGUGAAUGGGUGGGUCCCAACCAAUGAUGGCCCCCCACAAUGGGAGCUUUUGGGUAGCAAACGUUCGGCGAGUUUCGUCUACAAUUGUGCUAUUAUGGGAUGUUGAAUGAGAUGUAAUAGAUAUUUAUUUUUUAAUUUCAAUCAAAAAAAUAAAAAUAAAAAUUAAUGGAUAUAAUUAUAAUA